AUGGCGGACGGAGCAAGUGAUGUAGCUGUUCCGAGAUUUUCGUCAGAACUGAGAUCAAUGCGUUGUGAACAGUGUCUCUUGAAUAAAACUGAUGGAUCAGCAAGCUUUUCACAAGGUACGGUUGCAUUUUUUGUGCGGUCAGGAGAAUUCCACUUCGUGUUUUUUGACUAGACUACUGAACUUUAAUCUUAUUAAGAAAUAUAAAAGCCAACACAUGUAGAAUGUGCCAUAUUUGUCAUUGUUAUGCUGGGUAUCAUACUUUCUAGGAAAAACUGAAGUAAUUGCAGCAGCAUACGGACCAGCAGAAGUUAGAUCAAGUAAAGAGCUCAUAGAUAAGGCUACUCUAGAAGUUGUAUUUAGACCAAAAAUUGGUGUGCCUGGUAAGCAUGAAAUUUAGAUUAUAAAUAAUAAAAGGUUGAAAAAAUGCAUAGGAAAAACACCUCUUUGUUUUCCUGUUACUGCAAGAGAAAUUAUACUGUGCUCAGCUCUACUAUCAUCUGGGCAAGUAGUUUCUUUAUGUAGCACUUUACUGUGAUGUGACACUGCUUUGGCUAGUUCCCAGUUCCUCCACCCUCAUUUUCCAGUAUCCGGUGGUCUUUGCGGCUUACACUUAAUUCCAUCCGCCAAACUGACGUUGACACAUUAAUGAUUUGUAACAAAUUAGGGCUAGGGUUAGGGUUUGGGUUUGGGUUGGGGUUAGGGUUAUAUAUUUAAAUCAAACUGGUAUUCGUCACCAAAUCCUUGGUGGUGUAGGGGUUAGAGUGAUGCAUUCCAGAUCAGAUGCUCCGAGUUCGAAUCCUACUCAUUCUAUCCUCAAUUGUUUUUUUCCUUAAAAAUUGAAGACAAUUUGACUUUUAUGAACAUUUCAUCAAGAAAAUUUCAUAUAAGAAAAGUGAAAUGUCUUGUGAGAGGAGGAUGUUAGUUUGGUGGAUGGAACCAAGUGACGACCGGUCUUUGCUGGGGGGCUUCUAUGGGUCCUAUUCGCGUUUGGGACUCCGGCUGGCCUUCCCUCAAGAGCAUUGUUACAGCACCAGCAGUGACAUUUGUCUCAUUGUCAAUGCUUCCGAUUUCUGUAACAAUAUUCUUAGUUUGUAGCCCACUCUUUGUUUGGUCUCUACCCUUCAACCUUUUUGGCACUGGUGGCCCUACCAGGAAUACAAGACUCCAGCCGACAUAGCUCUAGGGUUCAUUGAGACACUCAAACUAGUCUAUCAGGUAAAGGUGGUGACCCCUUUAUGAGCAGUCCACUCUACUUUGCUGUGCUCUAAUUCAACUCAACUAAACUAGAUCCAACUCUACUGGACUUGACUCAAUUCUCCUUGAUUCUCCUGUCAUCAUCUCAUCUAUACUUUACUCUACCCUGUUUAUGCUUCUCUACACUGCUUUUCCUACUUAACUCUCCUCUACUCAACUGUACUCUAACGGUUCAAUUCCAUUUUGCAAUCAACCGACUGCAUAAGUCUAUACUUUUGUUACAAUGUACUGGACAUCAUCUUGUGGUUGUACACUGUUCUUCCCUUACUUUUAUCUACCUGCUGCCUGCUACUAAACAACUCUAUUCUGGAUUCUUUCUUUUUUCAAGGUUGCGCUGAAAAGUUAAUUGAGCGAGUUAUCCGUAACAGUUGUGAGCCUGUGGUUCUGACAACCAGACAUCCUAGGUCUUCACUUGUAGUUGUGGUACAGAUUGUGCAGGACUGUGGAUCAGUAUCCUUUAAACUUCAUCAUUAUUGAUACGAGUCACAGAAAAAUAUGAUUCAACUAAAAGUCCUAGUUUUUUUCCUCUACUUGUCUGAUAUGGAUGUACAGAAGGACACAAAAAAUUUCUUUUCAUCAAAACAACUAAAGGAACUACAAAUCAGCUCUGAUUGUUAGGUUGACUCAUUUUCUUUAUUAUUUUUUUUGGUACAUUUACCUUUCCCUACCUUGAAUAGCAUUGUUAGCUGGUUUGUGAAUAAAGCCUUUUUUUUAGUUAAGGGAAAACUGACUAUAGCAAGGAGUAUUAGUAUUUACAAAUCUGCUUAUCAUGUUUUUAAAUCUCCUGUUAUAACCAAUGGGUCUUGAAAGUGUUGACUUAACAAACCAGAAUCAAGUAAUAGCUACUUGGAAAGUUAGGUUGAAGAAAAUAUCAACUUUCGUUAAGCUUUUAUAAGGAUGGAAUAUCAGCUGAACCUUCUAGAGCUGGUUAUCAAACAGAGUUUAGCCAGUGUUUAACAAAACUGUGUUUUAAGCUAUUGACAGUUGGCUCAGCACUUUUAUCUUAAUACCAGUUAUUGUGAAUAGUCUUAUGGAAGCAACAGGGUGAACUGGAGAAAAAUUUACCUUCUUGAAAUAACCCACUCGGAAAGAGAUCUGGAGGUCCAAUAUUUUCUUUAACUGCAGCCUUAGUUAGAAUUUGUUUAAAUAACCAACCCUUAAGGUUUGGCUAUUUCAUUACUUUAGUUUUAACGCUCUGAAAGAAUACAUGGUGGCUUUCCUUAAUUGUCAAGUUACUUUCGUGUGCUAUAAAUGCUGCUUGUAUGGCUAUGGUUGAUGCUGGAUUUCCAAUGAAGUGUCUAGUUUGUGCAGUGACAUGUACCAUGAAUGAAUCUGGUGAAAUACAGUUAGAUCCUACCUCAGAACAAGAAAAGGUGAGAACGUUAGGCAAGAAUUUACACUGAACAUUACAUAACUGACACUUUAAAGUAUGCAAAAUUAAUACACUUUGUGAAGUACACUAAUGUAUGUUAACAGCCAUUCUUGGUUAUCAUCUCCUAGUUUAAAGGCCUGCCUUGUAUAGGCAGACACCUCACGGGUGAGGACCGACAAAACAUGGACCCAGUGUCCAUGGAACCCCAUUUUGAACCGGGUCCAUAUGAAGGUCCGUCAGCUCUGUGGACCCCCUGUGAUGGACCAGGUCCGUAGACACUUCUUAAACUGACAAUAAACAUUAUGGCCGGCUUCAACCUACAGAAAUAGCACAAAAAUAAGGUUUAGAGGUAUUGAUUAAUGAUAUCUAAAUAUGACUAGCCAACCUAGACCUUUUCGUGUACAGUUUGGCAAAAUUGUUUGAUGCUGUAUAUUUAUGUGUAAUAUUAUUAUUUUAUUGUUCACUUUUUCUUCAUUUAUACUUUAUAAUAUUUCUGUUUUGGCGGUUAGGAGACCAAAAAAAAGUGUCCAUAGCCAGUCCAAAAUGGGGGGGCGGGGGAUCCGUGGACCCAACCCAGGUCCAUGUUUUGUCCUCACCUGACACCUCACUCACCUCCUGUGAUGCAUCGAACACAAUGGUCAUCCCCUGGGGGGAACCCAGGGUUAAUGCAACCUUGCAUGGGGACAGUGACAUAUUGUGCAGCCUAUGAUGGAUCAUUUUAACUUAAAAGGGAGGGGGAAGGGGCGGAGAAUGAAGACUUCUGUAUCUCACAGAGGCAUUCACCUAUACAUUAACUUCAUACAUAAUUUAUUGGGCAUUGGUACAUUUUCUAGAUAGGCAUCUUUUCUCUCAGGUGCCAGUGUUAGGCAUGGAUCUCCAAGAGGCAGUGUCUUCCUUGAGAAUUCUAGUAGCAGGAGAAAGGUGUAAUGCUACAGGAGAAUGUUUUAAAAGAGGUUCCAUGUCUGAAUAAAAACUAGUCAUAGGCCGCCAAACAUUAGCCGGAGAAUUCUGCAUAUUAAACGGAGGAUUCUCUGAUCUCCAAUUUCUAAUGAACACCCUGAAGAGGUAGACAUCUCUGUAGUUCAGAUAACUUUUGGACAGAGACACAUCUGUUGGCAGACAUCACCAAUUGAAAGCCACGAACAGGUAGUCCUCUUCCACAAGGUGAUACUGUUUUGUUGGACAGUUACUUGUUCUUUUGCACAAGGAGAUGCAUGGUCACCAUACGUAUUUCUAAUUUAUUUUUGCAGAAAGCAUCAGCUGUUGCAACAUUUGCGUUUGAUAGUACCAACAAAAAUGUGAUCACAUCAUCAACAACAGGAAGUUUCACACUGCAUGAGGUAAAAACACACGCAUAUAAUUUAUGACUUAUUUCUUAUUUAAGAUAUAUUUACUAUGAUAUCAUACUAUCAUUGCUUUAAUUAGGGCCCAUGGUGCUUAUUACAUCAGUUUCUGAGUCAAAAAAGGUGGCAAUAAUUUGAAGGAGAGCACUUUAUUGAAGGAGGGCACUUAUUUUAUAUUUCAGACCUCUCCAGUAAACAUGCGGUAACAGUAAACUAGCAGAUUGUAUCUGUAAUGGAAAACGACCUCAAAGUCUUGGGGCCUGUUUCUCAAAAGUCCUGAUAAUUAGCACAUCUGGAAAGCUGUUGUUGUUUACAUUCAAGAUCAAGGUUUCAAUAGUUUUACAGAUAACAUGAAAAGACUAUCAGUUAAUAAAAUAUUACAGAAUGGUUUCUUAGCUUGGAUCUGCACUCUUAUUCUUUAGAUUUUGAUUUGAAUAUAUUUGAUUUCAGGCCUGAAAAUUUGCUGGGAUUUUUGAGAAACAGGCCCCUGUCCCCACUGAAGUUCUGGGCCCAGUUGUUCGAAAGCCGAUUAGCACUUAACCCGGGUUUCUUUUACUUGCGUUCAAAAGCAUUUUCUCGGAUAAUUUUCUCUACUAAGUUUUAGAGCUUCCAAUCAUUAACUUGUAGACAAAAAGAAUUAAAACUGAAAUGCUUUUUAAGCUUUCAAAUCUGAAUUCAAGUCUCGCACUAACCCUGGGUUAUCUUAACCCAGUUUUGAACAACUCGACCCUGAUAUUGAUAUCUAACCUGUGUACAGACACCCCUCUCCUCAGAAAGGGGAGGUGGUGUCUGUACACAUGCCAUUAAUAUCUUUUUAUCCUACCUCUUCACCAAAUAUAGGAUUACAUAUUAAAUAUAUUAUUAAAUAUAUAUUUGCGGGAGGGCUGGCUCACUUAUUUAAAGGGAACACUUAAUCAAUACUUUCAAUGAGGGUGCUACAGAACUUGAUUUGAAGGGGACACAUAUUUGAAGGAGAGUGCAAAUUGUAGUAUUGACAGUAAUUUUCACCUUAUUUGAACAGUACAAUCAGUGUUUAGAAGCCUGUCGGAGUGCUGCCAACAAACUGUUUGAGUUCUUUAGGUUAUCAAUGGAGAGGAAGCUAUCUAAGGUAUUCUUUUCUUGUCUGUAUUCUUAGUAUUGUAAUUUUUUAUUUUUUUAAAAAAAUUAUGAUCAUCCUAUGGUAAAGCUUUUUACACAUAAAAUGUCUUCACUGGGAUGAUUUUAUAACCUGGCAAAGAAAACCUAUGAUUUUGAGUGGUCGAAUAGGAUGAUUGACAGAAAUAAAAGGUGUGUUCUGUUGGUUAGCAUUUUGAAUUUGGAAGUCAUUUGUUUACAAAAAUGCAGUAAUGUAGACAAUAAUUAUGGGAUAGUUUAAAAGAGGUUAUGUCAGGCUAUUUGCUAUCUUUUUGAAAAGCUUAAUAGUGUCUUUCCAUCAAUUGAAUUCCAAAAAUAAUGAUCCAGUUUUGUUUUUUUAUAAUAUGACUCUUAAAAGAGUCAUAUUUAAGCAUUGAAACUGUUUCCUGUUGUCUUUUGCUAUGGACUGCAAGGAUGGACAUGGAUUGAAACUGGAAAGUGUUGGGCCAACUUUUUCAAGUUAUAAUACCAUGCCUACAAGAAUCUCCUAGAAAUAUUAUGAUUUUUGCUCCCUGAUGAAAUUUGUUAGGUAUCUUCUACAUAACUGUACAGGAGAAGUUUGUGUAUUGCUAGGGGCACUUAAUAAUGGCUUCAGCACAUAAAUGACCUAAAACAAUAAUAUCCCUGUGACAUAGGAUUAGCCCCUUUAAGCUAUGCAGAAGAGAAUUGAGAAGUGUCGAAACACUUUGAGAUGCUAUUAAAUGUUUUUUCCAUUCUUGACAAUUUUUGAGCUGGACCGGUUUGAAUUCUCCACUUUAAUAUGUACAUACAUACAUACAAACAUGCAUACCUAAUUUACAAUGCAGAUAUUACAGGCCUGGCUGGGUAGAGGAGAGUGAUAACUCCCGUAUGAUAGAUACGGGGAAGCUCUUUCCUCUCUCUUUCCUCUUCCAAAGGGGACCAAGGCUCCGGCCUUAUAUGACCCAAAAGAUCCUUUUUUUAACGCAAGGAACCAAUUUCCGGAACCAUUUUAGAGCGGUAUUUUUUGAAAUGCGCGAAACUCGUUGAAAUUGAAUACAGAAUAAGACGGAGUUUGAAACUCUUUUUAUAUAUUUUUCUUUAACUGCCUUAAGAGAUUUCCUUAUAGGUAAAAAAACAUCAGUUUUACAUCCUGAGGUCCUUAAGUGAGAACAAAAUCCGCGAUUUAUAACCAAAAGUGAUGUGAAUUGCAUCGCUGUCUCUUUCUUUCGGGUAUUUCCCGGGAAUAUGGAACACGAAAAUACAAAAAAGUUGAUAGUUUUGCCCUAAAAUAAUGAAAAACAGUUAAAAACGGACCCAAGGAGCACUAGGAGGUUUUAUACAGUCGACAAUAAGCAACGUCGAACAUGAUGCUGUUAAAGUAUUCUUUUGUGUACAGUAUUUCGAUUUAAUAUAUCGUAACUUACAGUCAGGCUAGUGAGAUACGUUAGGCGCGUACUAACUGGAAGAUAUAUUUGAUUUUAUUCAAGAUACUCGUCAUCUUUGCACGCGCCUUAAAAUCAUUGGGGUAAAAGCAAUGUCACAUGGUAUUUCAGGGAGCAAACAAGCGAUAAAUUUUGCGAAUAGAAGAAAUCGCGGUCGAGGUAUAUGCAGUUGAGUUUAUUCUCUCAAAACGCGAGGACAGUUUUAGACUAGCAAAAUGUACAGGUCGAGUUUGGACAAGUUUCACAUGAUUGCUUGCUGUGAGCACAUCUCCGUGGAGACCCUUUUGUGUUGUGUCGCGCGCUUUCUAUUUUUCGAUUACUGCUAUUUUUUACCCACCGAAUUCAAAAAAUAAGAACGAUCAUUUCCACCCAUAAUUUGCAAUGAUCGUCUUUAAGAUAAAACGUUCCAUUUCAUUUUCUGUUGUCAAGAAAUAAACAAACACGACCAAGAUUUGUUUGCCCGCCUGUGAAACCACGUGAUGUUGCUUUCAUCCCAUCAGUCCCCAAGCGCGUGCAAAGAUGGCGGGUACCGUGAAUAAGGUCUACCUUAGAGCGAAUUUCGUAUGACCUUGAAAAAUGGUUUCGCCUUCGGUAAGUGUUCGUUAUUUGUUUUAUCAGCCAAUGGAUGAAAAGAUCAGAACGUGGACUGUUCGUUUUCCCGCCUAAGAAAACCCUAUUAUGGAGAAGGCAUUGUUCGAUUGGCCAAUCGUUUUGCAGUAUGAUGUCACAGCGAAGUAUCGAUUCAUUUCUAGAAAGUUCUCAGGCAUGAAGUUUUUUCACCGGAGCGUUCGCUUAACCAACCAAAAGCCAUGAGCGUUUGUCAGAUCCGUUCGAUAACCAAUCAAAUCGCUGUAUUUCCGUUCGUUUGUUGUUUCUGUUUUGUUCGCGCGUUUCUAUUUCAAGGUCAUACGAAAAUCGCUCUAUUACCUGGUCGUGUGAUAUCAGUGUAAAAGUGUGUGGAUAAUACAAUCAACUUAAGUCCUUUAAAUUUGAAGUUAACUAUAACAUCGGUUCCUUAAUGUUAUUUUUUAAAACAGGACGCGAAGUUCAUGGACCUGAACAUCGCUUGAUAAUGACAAUUCUAUUGAGAGACUUAUGUGACCAAGAUUUCCCUGGCAAAACAAGGUUACUGUCAAAACAGAUAGUGGACAAUUUACUUCGCCUUUUCUUUGUUGUGUACAAAGCUGCUUGGAAAUCUAAACAACACUAGUGGUGAGAAUAAACUACAUGGCAAGUUUGGUCUUCAAAUCUUUGGUUUUUGUAACACUUUCGAAAGAUGUUCAAGUCACCAAGGAGGCGAGGCAGUGUGGCCCAGUGGCUAGCGCCUUGGACUCGCAAUGUGGUUCUAGUCCCGCUCUGACCACCAGCUGGUUUAUUGUCAGUUGUCCCGAGUUAAAAUCCUCGGCUAUGCUUGUAAAUAGCCGGCUAGUUGCUUCCUGACAGUUGGGGUUUUUUAAUCCUAUUAUGUUCUGUUUGGAUUGUAUGUUUCUAGUUAUUGGGCUGCUUGUGACACCCCAAUUAUGGUCCUCUACCCUUCCGGAAGCCCGCUUGUUCAUCCCUCAGCUGCAGGUGUAUUGCAUCAUUUAGCCGCAGGAUGAUGAUCAUCGUGAGAGUCUUGUUUGGGAUGGAUAAAAGUGUGAUUCGAUUCCCCGACGAUUAUUGCAAUUGUUGCGGACUUCUUUCUUUGGUAUUUAUACAAUGAUGCCCUCUGUCCAGUACGUUGGUAUCUCACUUCUUUCCCAUAUAGUUGUUAAGAGUGGAAGAAGUAUCUCGGCUGCAAGCUCUAGGUCUGCUAUGAGCAAUUCUGCGUUGAGGUUUUCCAGUCCAGGGGCUUUUCUAUUUUGGACGUGAUUGCUCAUAUGAUCUAUUUGUUCUUAGGUGGUGCAUUGUAUUAACGUACAUAUCAUGCUCUGCUUUUUAUCUGCUGACGUAUGCCGUUAGCCUUGAACGUCGUGCUAAAUCUCUCCAAUGCCUCCAUGGCGUGGCGUGAAAGCAGAACUUCAGAUUAUUCGGCGAUUACGUUAUUUUUGAGGGCACUUUAUUCCGUGGAGAAAUCAUGUUUAAGGGAGCUGAAUUUCUAAAAAUCUCUUAAAUUAAC